CAACCCAUCUCAUUAUCCCCACAGCCUCGAUGGGAGACCUCAGUCUUGAUUCAAGGGACACCCUUCCAGGGUCCCCCUAUCCUACCAAGAGUCAGGCUUUCGUCAGUUGGGCCUUCCCAAAUUUGGGCCCCCAUUGGAUCCGCGGCAGUAUUUCUCCUGGCUUCCAAGGAAGUGUCACUUCCCCGUUGCUACCUACUGCUGCUCUGUGGAUAUUUGAGGAUAUGGCUAAGAAAGCUGCCGCAUUCCUGUUCCUCACAGUGGCCUUCCUUCAGAUGGCCCUUUGUCAGGAUACAGAAAAGAAGAAGCUCCGUUGUUACUUCUGUGGCUACGAGCAGGCGUGCACAGAGACAUCAGUGCUGUGCCAAGAGGGAGAGAAAUGCAGCACCAUGCUGGGCCACUCAGAUUAUAAAGUGCAUGAGUCCAUCUUCGGAAAGGGCUGCAUCUCAGCCCAAAAGUGCGGCAGUCAGGACAAAAUCACGUACUGGCGCAACCCAUUCCGCGUGACCUACUCCUGCUGUGAUUCUGAUUACUGCAACAAAGAGGUCUUUGGGGCAGGCCACAAGGGCAUCUCUGGGGCAGGCCGCACCUCCCUCACCACCCACCUCCCUUGGCUCUUUGCAGCCACUCUCCUGGCUGCCUUACUCGCCUGCCUCUCCUGAGCACUGGAAACUGCAAGUUCCCUGAAGCAAAUAACCACCAGUCAUGACUGUCUCCUGCCAUAUGCACCAUUUUGGUCGAGAAGCUACUGGAGAAGCAGAGAUCCUGUUGCAAUCCUAAACAGAGUUAUACUUUUCCAAAUCAGUUGAGUUCAUGGGUUUAAAAGGGUGGAAUUCUGCAUAGGACUGCACUGUAAGACGUGCUGAGGUCCUAAGCGAUGUCAAGCUUAAGUAGCUGCAUAACAUUAGCAAUUUUUAGUCCUUUUGCAUUUAGAGAUCCCCUCGUAAUAGGCUUAUCAUUCCCCACCCCAUGCUCCCAUUGCUCACUUCUGCUUGAAGCAGAAGUAGGGUGUGCAUGUAUGGAUUUUUAAAAAGGCGGUGGCUUGUGUGUCGUUGCUGGGGAAAACACAGAACUGACAGCAGGGAAACUAUGGUUUUGCCAUAGUUUCUGGUGAUUCCUACAGCUACCCAUCAUCAUUUCUGGGUUUCCCUCGGAAGUGAUAUAAUGAUGCAUGUGGUGCUGUCCUCCACCAUGUCCCCACCCCCCAAGCCUCCUGCUGGUUGCCACGCUCAGCCCAGCAAUCCUACCUCAUAAUUUGAAACCCUAAACUGUAGCUUAUUUAGCUUGUGCCUAAAUAUAGUUCUUCGUACUGGCUAUGAUGACAGUACAGUGUCAUCAUAGCCAGUAUUAUAAUUUAUCUGAAUUUCUACCCUGUCUCUAGACCCAUAUGACAACCCACAAAACCACUACCACUUAAACAAUUUGGAAAUCAUUUUUAAACUUGAGUACCAGGAAUUUUCUUGUAAAAUUCUGACUUCCAAGCCUAUCAACUGUUGGGAGGGCUGUGGGUGGUUACAAGGAUGUGUGUGUGACAUUGGUGAUGUUGCAGAUGUCACUAGUAACUUCUGGGUACAACCAUAGAGUUUCUGUUGAUUCCUAGAGCUACCCUUUGUCAUUUCUGGAUUGUGUCUGGAAGUGACAUAGUAACAUCAGCAACAUCGCUGUUUAUAUUUUAUUUUUUUCUGCUGCCACAUGGAGUAGUGGCAGGAGAUUAAGCUUGCCAGUGGAAGGCCUCCUGCCAUACUGGGGGGCCUGGCAAGCCUACUGCUAUGUGAAUGCUUUUAACUGGAGAUGCCAAGCAAUAGGACUUGCACCUCUGGGGGUUUCUCGGUCAAAGUAUGUUUGAACCAGCAACCUUCUACAUGUAAAGUAUGUGCUCUACCACUGAGCCACAGCUCUUUCAAGUUAUUGCAAUUGUAAGCAUUGGAUAAAUUAUUUUUUUUAUAUGCAUCCAUGGAACCCACCCUUUCAUUAUAUUCUAUUACUGAAAUAGGAAGGCCUUGGGGGGGCGUUCUUCUGUACAUACUGAACUGAUGCCCCUCACUAAUGCCUGACAGCAGUGGACCCAAAGUCACCUACAGUGCAGUCCCUUGCAUAUUUUUUAGCCUGUUGGCUUCAAUGGUCCUGGAAGGGUGUGACUGCUCAAGACUGUACUGCUAAUGAGCAUCAUGGCUGAGAGGCAAUUUGAACUCAGGUCCUUACAGCCAAGUCAAAUGCUAAAAUCACUGCAUAGGGUUGCCUGUGGUUUUACUUCCCUUGCUCAUGGGCUUGCAUCAGCAGCUUGAUCUGCAGGCAUUGUGUGAUUUUGCUUACCUCCUUGCCAUGGAAAGCUUCCACUGCAGGACUGUUAAGGGCACAGCAACAGGUCAUGCUCUUUUUAAAUAUCUGAUUACUUGGCAAAAUUACAUAUGCUAUCUGGCGUGUCCAGGGAGGGUGGCAGGUUCUUGGGAUUCCUAUCUGUACCCCUGCACUCAUCUUCUGAAAUGUAUACAGUUAUUGUAAUGUUUUGUAAAUAUCAUUCCUUGUGAAGAAACUGUUAGUGCACUGAUAUCAGAGGUAGGUCUAGUUCUGUUUACCUGUCUAUGAUUAUCGAUUAAAAUGUUAAACAAUUA